CAGAACUACGCCAGCCUGCGGGCUAACACACGGUUGUCUCGGUACAUCUGAUUCACAUUUUAAACCCGCUAUGAGAGACUACACGGCGACUCCCAGCCAUGAAGGCUCCUGUAUGCCCUGCUGCCAAGUUUGCGUCUUCUUCUUUACCGCAUUUCUCAUCGUUGCAGAGAGGACGGCGCUGAUCUAUUGCUUUGUGUACUAUCUGUGGGUGGGUCACAACUACUGCUAUGCCUACCUUGCCGGCUUCACCGCAUUGUUCCUGUUGCCAGGCUGGGGUCCUCAGUGGCUCAGUUACCUGUGGUACCUGUCAGACGGACGCAUCCGCAGGAAGUCUCUCACCUGGACACAUAUACUUCACCUGGGUAUCUUCAAAAGGCUGUGGGAGUGUAUGCGUCUGCCAGACGAGGAUGUCUAUGGUGAGAUCAUGCAGCAGGCGGAUGUAUCUGCCUUGCGUCUGUUUGAGGCCUUGGUGGUCACCCUCCCCCAGACUCUGCUGCAGACCUAUGUGCUCAUCUGUACUGAUAUAGGCAUCAAAUCUCCAGCCUCAGUGUGUUUUGCAGUGUGUUUGCUGUCUCUCGCCUGGGCCUUGGUCCUUUAUGCCAGAGCCUGUUCACUCAUCAGACCGGGACACUUACAAAUGACCCCUGCUGCUAUUCUCUGUCGGCUGCUGUGGAGGGUCAGUAUGUUGGGAUCUCGAUUUGCUGUUCUCAUGCUCUUCACACGUAUCUUCAAACAGUGGAUCCUGGGAGUCAUCGGUGUGCACUGGCUGGGUGCAACGUUCUGGAUGGUGUCUCAGCAGACCGACAUCAUACGUUCAACUAGUCGAUGGAGACUCUUCAACCUCGUUCUGGGAGCCAUUCACAUCUUUCUCUUCCUCAAUGUGAAGUACGGUCAAUCCAGAUACCGCAUGGCUGGGUUCUACCUGGCCAUGUUCCUAGAGAACGCUUUUCUUCUUCUGGCCUCCUCCUGGUUGUUUACCAUGGUUUCCUGGGAUACUGUUGGCAUCCCAGCAGCAGUGUUCUCCAGCUUCCUCAUUGGAGUGAUAGCAUUGGUGCUGUACUAUCGUUUCCUCCACCCUAAAUCCUUUGAGAUUUUCCAGAGUAUUCGGAACAGAGGGAUAGGUGGAGCCUGCAUGGACCGCGGGUCUACACUUUCAUUGGAGGAGAAAGUUACGCCCACUUUCCAUCGCCACACAACACUGUCUGGAGGUGGGACUCUCAUGGACCUUCCAAUCCAAUGGGAGGGCUGGAAACAUCACCAUUGGCUGCUGAUUCGCUUGGCCCUGAAGACGGGGGAUGUAGCAAAGAUCUGGUCAGCGUAUGGCGAAGGUGGUCUGGCCGGAUUGAUGGGUCUGUCCGAAGAAAUUCACUCCCCGGAUGAACCUUAUGUCCCUCGGGUACCACCUGUUCAGCCGCCGGUUCCUCAGAUCUCACAGCCAGCUCCUCAGCCAGCUCCACCACAGGUGACCCAGGCUCCACAGGUGAGAGAGGUGGUCCAGCCACCAAAACCACCUCUCACCAGUGUAGUGGCCAGACCAGUGAGGAAAGCUCCUCCCACAACAAUCCAUGAUAUGAGAAGGUUUCCAGAGAUUAUCCCGGUCCAAGAGGCCAUUCUUGAGGAAACUGCAGAAGAGGAGUCCAGCGCUCCACCAUCAGAGGAAAAAGGUGAUGAGGAGUUUCAGAGUGCAGCGUACGGCUCACCCACACCUUCUUCUCCACGGCAACCAGGAAGCCUCCGCCACAUCGACAGCAACGCUGCAACUUUGACCGAGGCUUCGUCUUCUGUAGGUUCCUUGGACAUCAAGACUCCGGGUUGGUCACCUGAGCGACGUUCCCCCCUUCUGAUUGGUUCCCCAGAGAGAAAAGCGGGGAUCCCUGGAGAGUCCAGCACUACACUGUAUUUCAGCGCAGAUGCACAGUCUCCCUCCAGUGGGAGCUAUCUCGGCUGGGGCUCCGAGCUGUCACCCAUUUCCAGCUACCGAAGUCCCUACCGAAUCAGAGAGGCUCGUUUUGUCACGUCCACCCCGCGACUGGAGCCUCGAGCUGGUGCUGAAAGUCCAAGCCCGGCCCCUAUUGUUGUGAUCCCUGCUACUCCAGGUACAACACCAGGCACCACCCCUGGCGGGACCCCUGCUGCUUCGACCCCUGCUGCUUCUACACCUGCUGCUUCAACACCCGUAGCUUCAACAUCUGCAGCUUCAACACCUGCAGCUUCAACACCUGCAGCUUCAACCCCCGGUGCAUCGACUCCUGGUGCUACUACUCCCAGUACUCCAGUCGUUCCACUCACUCCAGUCAUCUCCCACGCUCGUAAACAGAUAGUCCAGUUUGUGGACUUUAGAGAGAGGGCAGUGUAAAAAGGGUGGGAGUGAGGUAGAAGGGAAAUCCUGGGUGGGGAAUGGUAUCUUUUUCCAUUUAGCAGUUGAAGAUAUAUGUGACUUCAUGCUUUAA